AAUAAUUCUACAACACAUAUAUAUACAGUACUAGUAGUAAAUAGUAAUCAGACUCAAUAAUGGAAGAAGCAGCGCACAUUGCCAUUUUCCCAAGUCCAGGAAUGGGUCACCUCAUUCCACUCGUUGAGUUGGCUCAUCGCCUCCUCGUACACUACCGCCGCCUCUCCAUCACGUUCAUCAUCCCCACCGCCGCUGGAGCUCCCAUAAAACCCCAAAACGACAUCCUUAAUGCCAUGCCAGAGAACAUAACCUCCAUCUUUCUACCCCCAGUUAGUCUAGAAGAUAUCCCAGAUGAUGCUGCCUUAGAAACCCGGAUAUCACUCACUUUCAUCCGCUCAUUACCCGCUCUGCGUACAACGUUAUCCGAAUUAACUGGUGAGUCGACUCGGAAAAAGCCACCCUCGGCUUUACUUGUUGAUAUUUUUGGCCCUCCUAGUUUUGAUAUUGCAAAGGAGUUCAAUAUUCCAUGCUAUAUUUUUAGUACGGUUUCUGCUAUGUCCUUGGUUUCUAUUUUUCAAUGCCCACUUUUAGACAAAAUGUUUACAUGUGAAUAUAGGGAAUUAACUGAACCGGUUAAGUUACCCGGGUGUGUUCCGAUUCAAGGGGCCGAUCUGGCUGAACCGCUUCAAGAUAAGAAAAAUGAGGCAUAUAUGCAUGUGAUGCAGUUAGCAAAAAUAUUUAGUAUGGCAAAGGGUGUGUUGGUUAAUAGUUUCUUUGACUUAGAACCGGGUGCUUUUAAGGCUUUGGGAGAAGGUCGUGAGUGGUGUAAACCGGAUAUCUAUCCGGUCGGACCACUGAUACGUGGCGGUUCUGAGGAUCCGACCGGUGAUCGGUUUGAAUGUUUGAAGUGGUUGGAUAAUCAUCCGGUCGGGUCGGUUUUGUUUGUAUCUUUUGGAAGCGGUGGAACUCUUUCCCAAGAGCAGCUUAAUGAGUUAGCAUUUGGGUUAGAACAAAGUAGUCAAAGAUUUCUUUGGGUAAUAAAAAGUCCACAUGGAAAGUCAAAUGCAAGUUAUUUCAAUGCACAAAGUCAUCUUGACCCGUUUGGGUUUUUACCCGAGGGGUUCGUGGAUCGGGUUAAGGACCGAGGCUUGGUUGUGUCGACUUGGGCCCCACAAGUCGAGAUAUUGAGUCAUAGUUCUACUGGAGGGUUUUUGACGCACUGUGGAUGGAACUCUAUUUUGGAGAGUGUGGUGAAAGGGGUGCCAAUGAUUGCGUGGCCGCUUUUUGCUGAACAAAAAAUGAACGCGGUUAUGUUGACCGAUGGUUUGGGCGUUGCUUAUAGGGUGAAAGUUGACAAAAAUGGGUUGGUGGGAAGAGAAGAAAUUAGCAAGAGUGUAAGAAGUUUAAUAGAAGGGGAAGAUGGGCAUAAGAUGAGGCUGAAAAUGGGUGAGCUCAAAGAUCAAGCUGCAGUGUCUUUGAGCCAAGAUGGUUCAUCGACUAUGUCACUUCAACGUGUGGUUCAAAAAUGGGUCGAGUAAUGUUUGUUGAUUUCUGAAACGUUAGUACUUUUUGUAAUAAAGAUCGAGUUUGAUAAGCAACAAGAAUCUAUUUAUGCACGUAAGUGAUUUAUUUUGUGACGUGAAAUGUAUGAUUGUUACUUCA